AUGAGAAGAAACACAAGAAGAGACCCGGAUAGGAGGCUGGCGGGGACUUUGGAGAUACGGAGCAGACGAGGACCGGAUCAGGAGACACAAAACGGCCAAAAAAAACCCCCAGCCAGGCCAGAUCAGACUGAUCACAUUCCACCCAAGAUCGAGGCUAGAAAACCUAGGAACUCGCCACACUCCCACUGGCGUAUCCGCUGGCUGGGGGCACCCCACGUUCGGCAAGUGACGCAGCAUCUGAGGAGGAUAAGCACCUUAGCGCAAAGUGACUCUUCCCUGAAUUUUCCUGCAGACUGCCAAAUCUUUUGCGCAGGCAAUUCAUUCCGCUUUCGCGACGCUGUGAAGCACGACUUUACCUCGACUCUUCAGAUUAGAUACGAUGAUGAAGCAUACCGACUUUUUAUUUUAUUUUGGAUGACCAAGCAGCACUUUUUCCAACAAGUGCCUCAUGUUGUCGCAGAAACAGAGGCAAGGAAGGACAUUGCCUGGUACAGAAGUGGGGAUAAUAAUUACAAUGAUAUUGAUGAGACCGAACUGCAAAAGGAUAUGAACUUCAAUGAAUACUGGUCCCGAACAGUCCACUGCGAAAAAUUCAAGGAGCCCAUGCCAACAAAUGGAAAAGCCUACUGGUCCCACAGCCGCGGCUGCUCGUCGCUCCAGGGUUGCCAACCACUUUAA